GUUGGCGCUUCUGGGAAAGAGGGCAAUGAGUCGGUGGUUUUUUAGAGGCCUGACCGCUAUGCUGUAAAACGCUUUUGUAGCUUAUUUCACCAGAUUUUUUCUGAUGCCGCUAUAUUGACAGUGUGUACCUUUCUUUCAGAAUCUAUAGAGAGGAGCAGCGGUGUCCGAUGCGAUCUUGGAACGUUGCCGGGAGUGUGGAGAUCGGUAGGCCGCCUUUUUCCAGCGACCCCUCUUACGCAGGAUGGGUGGGAUGCCAUUGCCUAGGAAACGUAAAUAUGGACGCUUAGCAGGGGAAGCUGAGAAGUGCUUACGUGGUGAGGGCAGCACUUUCUGGUUCCCUGUCAGGGCAUCAUUCCGGCCACAGGCAAUUACACCUUAACACGGACAUACAAAAUCUUUCAGGAGGAAGACAUUGGGAACUUGUUCUCAUUUAGGUGGCUACCAGUGGUUUGAUUGCAGCCGGGAGAGCCAGUGAUUUGGGCCCUGGAACAGGAGCUGAAUUGGUCCUAUACCUUCAGGAAUGGCUUCUCCAGAUUCGACCCCUAUUCAAGAUGGCUGAAGUUGAUGACAGUCUGAUCUCUGAAAACUAAGGAUCGGAUCAGCCACAAGUGGUCUGUGCUGUUGGACUCCUCGGACAACACCCCAUCACCACCACCGACUGGGAUCAGGCACCGCAUCUCCAGAGCUGGGUUAGACCUAGACUGGCCUUGAGUAGGAGGUGAGGUCGAUGCCACCUUGUGGCCGAAAUUAUGAAGAGCUGGGCAACUUGAUGCGCAUAGUAGAGUGUUUACCGACCGCAAAAUCCAGGGGAAUUGUCAGACGGAUAAUAGUAAAUAAGAUUUCUUUGCUUGCAAUCGCACCUCUACAUACCGUACUUCCCCUCGGCUGUCGAGCCCCAAACGCCUUUGGCUCUCCGAGGCUACCUCUCGGUCAAGGUCAGUAAGGCGCUCACACACACUGUGACCGCCACUUCCUAGCCGAGAAAACACCGGACCCUGGGAAGUAAGGGCAGUGGAUCCAGGACAAGACAUCUUUCUUUCCCUUAGACCGAGAAGGCCGAAUUGACCCUAGGGCACACUCUUAGACGCAAAGUUAGGGCACCAACUUGAUUUUUGUCCUUUAGCAUAGGUGCUUUAUUUUUUGGGGGGAGGGGUAGCACUGUAUAUAGAAGGGAUCCCUCUCUACGCAGGAAGGGUUAACUCGCUCCUCCUGGGGUCUACAGUUACCAAGUAUUGAGGAGAACCGAGCCGAUUGUACUUUGAAGACACUUGAAUCGGCAAAACCCUCCUAGUUGACAACCUGAAAUUUCUCUGACUUAGCAGUGAGGCAACCACGGCAGGCUUUUGACAAGUCUUGAUUCCAGUAGGAAAAGUCAAAAUAAUGUGUGUCUGCCAUGCCGAAAAUGAAGCCCUAAUGCCCUAUUACUAAAACAAACUACUAGGAAACCGAAUUGUCAGAAAAGGCUGGCUGAUAAAGACAUUACAGCCCAGAGUGGCUUUCCAGACUCUGAGAAGCUGGCUCUGUUAUAAAAAUCCUCCCAAUUUUAGUGGUUCUCUAACAUCAAGUUUCCACUUCUAUCUUCAAACCAGAAAAAAAAAAAGUUUCCAAGAGAUAUGGGACUCUUACAGCUUUGCAUUGCUAAGACAUCCUACUUGUCUUUUUAAGCCCAGUUCAUAAUUAAAUAACUCUCUAAGCUUGUGUAUAUAUUUUCAAAGACUAAGUCAGUGCAGUGCAAAAUCAGCCAGGUCCCUCCAAGGUAGAAAGGCUUGUGGUCCCAGUCUCGGACUCUGGAUCUCUCUUAGGAGGACCAGCCUACCUAACUAACAGAGUUCAUAAAGGCUCUUCAACAGAAGGUUCAUGACCCCUGGGUGAUGACCUUUCUUAUCCAAAGCAUCUCAUGAUAUUCAUUAAUAACGCAUGGAAGAACUUCAAUUUGUGCUCACCUGGAAAAAGCUCCCAUCCUUGAUGUACUGAAGAUUUUCAGUCCCCAUAGAUGACCUGGGGAAUGGUAACUACUUAACCAAGCAACAAGAGACUCCUUAUGCUGCGACGACUCUUCGCUGUCUCCGCUCCUGGAGAGCGCGGGAGCGAAGGCGCAUUGACCACGCUGGAUCCAGUACCCGGGCAGCUGGAAGACCUCGCGAGCGGCUGGGGGCGCUUCGAGGUACAGUCUCCUGGCUACGCCAUGGAUUUAGAACCUGAAGACUAUGAUAAUCGAACUCUCACAAGUGAGAACGGCACCGAGAUGGCCACGGCAUCCUACGAUCCUGAUUGGGGUGGUGGUGGUAAUAAGACCCGUAUAGAUGAUGUACAGGUCUUUGUCAUUGGUCUGUACUCGACCAUAAGUCUGCUUGGUUUUAUGGGGAACAUGCUUAUCCUUAUGGCCCUCAUGAAAAAAUGCAAACAAAAGACGAUUGUAAACUUCUUCAUUGGAAACUUGGCCUUCUCUGAUAUCUUGGUCGUGCUAUUUUGUUCACCUUUCACACUGUCUGCUCUCUUGCUAGAUCAGUGGGUGCUCGGUGAACUCAUGUGCCGUCUUAUGCCUUUCCUACAAUGUACAUCGGUGCUGGUUUCAACUUUGAUCUUAAUCUCAAUUGCUAUCGUCAGGUACCAAAGGAUAAAAUAUCCCCUUUCUAAAAGUUUGAGCAUCAGACAGGGCUGUUAUUUGGUUGGCCUUUCCUGGGCCAUUGGCUUUGUGAUUUGUUCCCCUCUUCCCAUCUUCUACAGGCUUGUAGAACCCAAUGGGAAUAAUGGUACAAAUACUACGGCCCCUAAGUAUGUAUGUAUUGAGGCCUGGCCAAAGGAGUCAUACAGAAUUGCCUUUUCUUUGUGUUUGCUGGUGGUUCAGUACAUACUGCCCUUGAUUUGUCUGAUUGUGAGUCAUACCAGUGUUUGCCGGAGCAUUACUUGCAAGAUGUCUACUAGGGAGAUGAAGAGGAGGCUUGAGGAGAAGGAGAAGAGGGAGAGGAAGGAGAAGAAGGAGAAGGAGAAGAAGGAGAAGAAGGAGAGAAAGGAGAGGGAGAAGAGAGAGAAGAAGGGGAAGAAGGAUAUGGUUGAGACAAUGGAGAUGAAGGAUAUGAGAGAGACAAGAGAGAUGAUGGGCGGAGAUAGAGAUCCAAGUGACAGAGAAGAUUACUUUGAUGAUGACCUGGAUGACAUAGAGGACUUAGAAGGCACGAUGGACAUGAAGGAUAUAAUGGAAUUGAGGGAGUUGAAGAGGGAAUUGAGAGAGAGGAGAGACAGGAGAGAGCGGAUGGGUAGGAGAGGGAGGAGGAAGAUGAGAGAAAUAGUGGAAAUGGAAGAUGUUGAAGAAGUGAUGGACCUUACUGAAAUGAUUGAAAUGCGAGAAAUAAGUACCCCGAGGAAUGUGAGAGAUAUGAGAGACAUGAGGAAUGUGGAAGAGAUUGAGAACAUGAUAGAAAUGAGAGAGGUGAGGCACGUGAGGGACGCGGAGGACAUUGAAGAUGUGAAUGACACAAUGGAAAUGAGAGACAUGCGGCACAUGAGGGGCAUGAGAGACAUGAGGGACCCGAGAGAGAUGAGGGACCCGAGAGACAUGAGAGACAUGAGGGACCCGAGAGACAUGAGGGACCCGAGAGAGAUGAGGGGCAUGAGGGACCCGAGGGAUGAGAUAAGAGACACGAAGGAAAGGAGAGGGAGGAGUUGGAAAAGGGGAAGGAGGGGAAGAAAGGGGAUGAGAGAAAUGGAAAUUAAGGAGAUUGAGGAGAUUGAGGAAUUGGGUUCAAUGUAUGGUAUGUAUGAGAUGGAAGAGAUGGAAGGGAUGAAUGAGCUGGGUGAGCUGAAUGAUCCGAAUAAUGGAGACGAUGAUUUGGAUGACAUGGAAGGCUAUGCGGCCAAGAACAGCGGCCACCAUAUUCAGCUCCCAAAGUUCCAAAGAUGGAGCUACACAUUAAGCCGAAAACACCGCAAGAUGUACAACAAGAAAAAAUCAUGCGUCGUACCUGUUUUACGCCAUCCUCCUCCUCCUCCAGAGGUACCACCCAAAGAGAUCGAAGAAGAAGAAGAAGAAGCAGCAGAACCUGAGAGGUGCAAGCUGACCAAUGCCAGUAAGAUCAUACCGGGGGUGCCCAUCUGCUUUGUGAUUAAACCUGAAGAAAACCAGUUAGAAGAGCCGGAAAUGCUGACCAUAUCCCGCUCCAUCUCGAGGAUCAGAAAGAGAUCUCGACGCGUCGUCUAUCGUUUAACCAUACUUAUAAUUGUGUUUGCUGUCAGCUGGAUGCCUCUGCAUCUUUUCCAUGUUGUUACUGAUUUUAAUGCUGGCCUUCUGUCUAAUAGGCAUUUCCGAUUGGUGUAUUGUAUUUGUCAUUUGCUUGGUAUGUUGUCUUGUUGCCUUAAUCCCGUGCUGUAUGGGUUCCUUAACAAUGGCAUAAAAGCAGAUUUGAUGGCUCUUUUGCGCUGCGUUUAGAAUCUGCUAUAUUUAGAAUCUGCCAUUUAAAGGUUGAAAAAAGAAAGAACAAAAGCUACGCUUCUCUAAAAUAUACAUAUAUAUAUAUAUAUAUUUAUGGCUGCUUUACAACAAAUAUAUUUUAUUGCAUGCAGAUUUAUUUAUGCAGGAGAAACAGACGCUCUGGAUAUGAAUUUAUUGGUGCCUAAUGAGUAAAAGACCAUUUAUUGACCCGCUAUAUAAUAUUACCAUUUCAUGUAGAUAUCGUGUGACAGAAUCGUGAAUGUCAAUCAAACUGCAACUUCAUUGUAAAAUGUUGUCCUAUUGUGUAUUAUUUCAUCUGUACCUUACAAGCAGCUGAAUAUAAUCAUCAUCCCAUGACUCGGAGAAGAAAGAAAACCUGCAAAAUAUUUAAUGGACAAAAUCUGAAUUAAUUAUUAUUGUGAUGUUUAAAUAAGACUUCUUGUUUGUGUGUUUCUUGAUGUAACAGCUAAAAGUUGUGUGUGUUUUUGUGUCUACUCUGUGGAAAAUGCAGAAACUAUUCAACUUUUGCCAGUUGAAUCAUAGCUAAAUGAGAAGUCCAUACUUUAAGAGAUGGUACAUCGUAUUGACUGUUAGGGGACCUUGUGAAAACACUGAAAAGAAAAAAUGUUUUCCCCCCUACAGUUAUGCUGUAAUAGAUGGUACAUUGUAUUGACCAUUAGGGGCCACUGUGGAAACUCCUAAAAGGAAAAAUGUUUUCCCCCCUAGAGUUAUGCUUUAAGCAAUGGUACAUUGUAUUGACAGUUAGGGGACACUGUGGAAAUACCUAAAUGGAAAAAAUGUUUUCCCCCCUUGAGUUAUGUUUGUGUCAGAUGGUUAAUUUGACCUUAUGUUCUGAAACAAUGAUGUCAUAACCUAAAGAUGGACUAAAACUCUUUGGCUAAACAUGUACAGAAAUAAUCUAUUAAAUGUUACUGCAAUGAA